AUGGCGUUUAAGCAUGGUGUACGUGUAAUUGAUGAAAAAAUAGAAAAACAGAUCCGUCCGAUAUAUGAAGAUCUCUCAAACGACGAGCUUCUGGAACGAUGUUUAGGUGGACACACACAAAACCCGAACGAAUCAUUCAAUGCAACGGUGUGGCGCAUGACUCCGAAGCAUUUAAAUUCAGGCCAUCAAAUAAUUGAAAUUGCCGCCUACAUGGCUGCAGGUAUGUUCAGUGAAGGAUAUGCAACAAUCCUAAUUACAAUGCAAUUGUUGCAUUUGAAUAUUGGGCAGCAAUGCAAAAUAUUCGCGGAUACAGCUGACGCGCAGCGACUCGCACGACAAGCCAUGCGCCAGACACACAGCAGCAAGGAGGCUCGUAUAGCUCGUAGAAUACAACAAAUGCAGCAAAACCAGUUCUUUGAACAGGCGGAAGGAUUACUAUAUGGUACCGGAAUAGCUGAUUAA